UGGACUGAAUGUUUUUGUUUUUGCUUGAAGUUAUGAACGAAAAAGAUAAAAUAUCUUCUACCAAUAAGAUAAUAGUGGAGUUACUGGCUAAUUUCAAAUGGAUACACAACUUUCAGGUCACAAAGUUCUUCAUUGAUAAGCCUUGGAAUCAUAUUCCUGAAGAGUGGAAGAACGUGUUGACAAGGUUAACAACAGAGGAACUGAAUUCGCUGCCUUUUGGGUACUCAAAGGAAGAUUGGCCAGAAAGUCUCAAGAAAUUUAUCACCACUGCAUCGGAAAUGGUGCUGCCUAGAAAAAUUUCAGAAGAAAAUAAAUCAUGUUGUCUUGACCCUCAAAUUAAACGAGGAAUGAACCCUAAAAAACAACACGAAGUCAGCCACAUGUCAGCACUUAUUAAUGACAUAUCGGUCAGGACAGGAUGUGACGUGGUGAUUGACGUAGGAUCCGGUCUAGGAUAUCUCGGUCAUGUGCUGACAUCAGUCUAUGGUCUAAAGGUGAUUGGUUUAGAGAGUAAACAAAGUCACACAACAGGUGCAGACAAACGCUUGUUUUCAGACACUGAUGACAAAAUCAUAAACGUGACUUUUGAAAUGGAAGACACACCAGAAAAUAGAUUGGAAUUCAAAAGUUUGAUGAAGUCGUGUUUUCAGAAGUUCAGAAAAUCAGAAUGUGGAAAAGACAUGGACUGUGAUGGCCCUAAAGUAUCACUGUCUGAUUCCAAUUUGGUAAAUCAUAGUGCUACUAAUAUUCUUACUCAACAAAAGAAUACUGAAAGUGAACAAUGUGAUGCAUGUCUAGCGGAAUCAAAUCAAGCACCGAUACAGACAGACAGUGAUAGAAAAAGCAAUGAACAGGGGGAUGGGCCAAAUACAACUUUAACCGGAAAUGACGUCACUAAGAGUGACGUGUAUCGGUGUCUUUUGAUUGGUCUUCAUUGCUGUGGUGAUUUGACUCCUGCGAUGCUCAGAGUUUAUUCAGAAGCAGAUUUUGUGCGAGGACUCUGUUGUGUUUCUUGUUGUUACCACACAAUGGUUUCUCAAGAGGGUACAUAUCCACAUUUUCCUAUGAGUAAAGAACUUGACACUGUGAUGUCAAAGAAUCGUUUGACACCGUCUGCGCCAUUUCUGAGAUUAGGAGCACAGGAGACAAGAGCUCGUUGGAAAACCAAGUCCGAAGAAUCGCAUCAGAGUCACGUCAAAGCCGUAGCAUACCGGUCUCUUCUUGAGCUGUAUGCCCACCAAGAAAACGUUGAAUUCAGUAAGUUGUUUAGAAGAAUAGCAACAGCAGGUGACUUUGAGAAUUUUGAUGGAUACAUAGAAAUAACCUUAUCUCGCUGUCAGUUUUCAUCUACACAUGGGAAAGACUCUAUGAGAACCAAAUUAAAAGCCCUUUAUGCAGAGUAUCACGUGUAUUUCCAGUAUGUUGAAGUCAUAACGGUCCUUCAAGUAAUUGUGCAGCCUCUAAUUGAGAGAUUAAUUAUUCAGGAUCGCGUGUUGUGGCUAUUGGAAAACGGACAUGAUUCCGAUAUGAUUCCUGUGUUUGAUGAUUUUAUAUCUCCAAGAAAUAUAGCCCUGUGUUCUAAUAAAUUACCCUGAAUCUUUCA